GCACUGGUAUAAGGACGGAUUACAGGGAACUGAGAUAUCAAAUAAUAAAUUUGUAGUUGUUUCUUUAGAGUUCGCAAACAAAGUUGUUUCAGAACAAUCGCCUAAUGAAAUAUCCAAAGCUAUUUCAAAAAAAUGUAAAUUUGGUGAACUUUGGGGAUUGGAGAGAAAGAUAAUAGUUAACACAAUUGAGAAUAACAAUGAUGAUAUUUAUAAUGAGCUCUCAGUUUUUUUUUAUCAUCCUAAAAAAUCUGAUUCAAAAAGAAUUAAGAGUGUUAUAGAAAAUUUUAAUACUAAAACUCAAUAUAAGUGUAAGGUAUGUAAGCAAAAAGGUCAUAAUAGUAAAACCUGUAAAGAAAAAAAGCCUUUAGAUAUUGAUAAGAGUGAUGAAACUGAAAG